AUGGGCCAUAAUAGAGUUGGUUGUGGUGUGGUCUUGGCAAAACCACGCAGAGAGGGCGUGAACAAGCCUUCCACACAGAGAGGGCUUACUGCUGAGCCUUUGUGCGCCCUAGGGCCUCCUGUUAACACAGGCUCCACGCAGAGGAGACAAUACAGGCCGCACAAUCAGAAACCUACUGCGUGCGUAGCCACGCAGAGGAGGCUCCUUAUCAGCAGCCUGCCUUGUUAA